GAAUUGUGCGCAGCCCCAGCAGACUGCCUGGACGGGGGGCUGAGGUGACGCUGAAGCUUUGUAGCCUAAAAUGUGACAACUGCACGUUGUUGUAAACUCUGAUAUUCUAUCUUCCGGUUCUCAGCUGGAAUACGGUGGAUUUUUUUAUUCAUUCACUUGCAAUUUAAUUUUAGUUUUUCUCUGGACAAGGAGCAUAGGCUGAAUCAUCAUGGUUUUUAGGAUGGACUCCAGAAUACGCACGGCCGUCUUGGCACUUCUUCUUUGCGCACAGGCCUGUUUGGGCUUCUCAGUAGCCGGGCAGCAGGACGGCACCUGCGAGGCAAACGGGAGCAUAUACUUCGUGGGGGAAUGGUAUUUUCUGGACUCUGACCACUGCACCCAGUGUGAAUGCACCGCUGAGGGCUCCGCUUGUUCCCGCACAGAGUGCACCUCUCUGCCGGCUGCAUGCAUCCAUGUCAGCCACUACCCCACUGACUGCUGUCCCAGGUGUGAGAAGAUCGGUUGUGAGUACCGAGGAGUUGUGUACGAGCUGGGGCAGAACUUCCAGCCAUCAGAAUGUGAGCAGUGCACCUGUGACAGUGACGGCAUCGCUCGCUGUCUGGUUGCAGAUUGUGCGCCUCCACCAUGUGUCAACCCUGUCUACCAGCCAGGGAAAUGCUGCCCUGAGUGCAAGGAAGGUCCCAACUGCUACGUUAAUGCAUCACGCAGCCAGGUGAUCCCAGCAGGAGAGCCCAUCUGGGUCGACUCCUGCACAAAGUGUCGAUGUCACGAUGGCCAAGACGCCGGCUACUGGGAAGGAAACCGUCUCGCCACCUGUUCCCGACUCAAAAACUGCACGCCUGAACAGCCGACCAACCAGAAAAAAUGAUCUGCUCGAUCACUAGAGAGCCUGAGUCCUCUAUACAUGCUUCAUCUCUAAGAACUUGCUGAACCCUCCUGGGCAGCUGAAAAAGCCAGACAGAAAAAUGGUCUGCACCUUUAAAAAUGAAUGUUUUAGAAUUGAACAGAAACCAAAGAUAUCACUUCAGAAUCACCAAAAGCCAAAAAGAUCAGCAGUUGUGUCCCAAGGACUUUUUAUCAAGAUGCCUGCAAGGACAAGGCUGGACCUUUACUGCUGCGUGCUUCAAGUAAGGACAAACCUGAAGGCUAAGUGGCCAAAGCUGAAGUUAUAUUGCUUUAUUAGUGUUUUGUGGCUCUUCAGUAAACUGCAGAUUUGUUGAAAAACUGCAAACCUUAAGUAAAAUGUCAAGAAAUGAGGUCCUGCAGUAGGAUCUAAAAUUUUGGUCCUAUUUUGUAUACAAGUACAGGGCUUGUAAGUCCUUCAAAAAUAACCACAAACCAGCCUUAUGACAGCAUUUAAGUUGUUACUGAUGCAGUUCAUUGAGGGUGGUUAUGCAAACAGCAAAUAUUUCACUAUGUGGCCUUGUUACAGUAAAUCCGGCUAAAUCUGAAGAGAAAAAGACAAGACUUUGUCAUGCAAGCUGAGACAAGGACUUUUGGUCCUUUUAGUGUUUCAAAAAUGUAAAAAAUUCAGGAAAACAGGUUUGAAACUCUAUAAAAUGCCAUUUACAAAACCUCAAAGAUGCUCAGUCUGGUACCUAAUUUUUCUCCUUGAAAGAGAAUACAACUAUGUGACAGGAAAUAUUAAAAAAAUGACCUUUUGUUGGUGAACACACUCAAGAUAAUUAGCCUUUUAUAGUCCUUGUGUCAGUCCAUAAUUUUAAGAAAAUUCUUUGACCAUUCUUACUUUAUGAGAGAGACAUUAUAGUUGUUUUGCAUCAGCUAAUUCUCCAUGAUUUCCUUGUAUUCCUUCAUACCUGCCUUGGCAACUACUACCAUAACAAAGCCAAUGGGAUUAUUGGACAAUAUAAGAAACUGUAAUUGACCUGUCACAGUUUGAUGCAGCGCCCAAAUGUAUGCACAGCUGUGAUGUAAAUUAGUUUAGGAAACGGCUCAGCAAAGCAAUUAACAACUUGUAACCGCUCUGUAAAUUCUGCAGUUCAAUUUCCAUACUAAUUGAAAUCUAAUGUAUGUGACCACGGCUUAAAAUAUGAGUGUACAGUAGUUGUAGACACGGGUUUCAUUAAACGGAAUGUUAUUUGUAAACUGUAGAGCAGGAAAAAACAUUUGUAAUGUACCUUUUUAUUCAUUUAUCACAAGAGUGAAUGUGUAGCGUUGCAUAGAGAUAGUUUUUAUUUUCCAUUAUCAAAGUGUACUGUUGUCAUUUACCAUCUUCAGUGCAAUGAAAUGUAGCAUGAAUUGUCAUUUAUAUAUAGCAGCAGGUUUUCUUACAUUAAUUUGUUUUUAUCUACUCUUUAAUUAUGAGGGACUUUUGAGUGGAAACCAAAAAUAGUCUUGUCUCGUUAUAUGUUUUUGUGCAGAGCCAGAGCUGCUAUCAACUUUACUGCAUUUAUAAGACUCCCAAGCUGCUGCUGCAUGAAGUAUAGAAUUACAAAUGACAAGUUUCACUUGCUUAAUUCUCCAUGAGAGGCUUCUUAAUGCAAGAUGUGGGAUUGAGUUGAAACUUUAAGUGUUAUGAAUACCUUUUAAAUAUAAUGUUAUGAGCAGACUUUAUUAAAGACUGUACUCAAUGUAUGUCCUUGAGGGGACUGGUGUUCAAAUAAAACAGUGUAGGAAAGAGGCCAAAUAAGAUAUGAAAGCUGUUUCUUUAGCUAGCAUCUUAAUUUUAUACAAGAUAGCAGAGUAGAAACAAGGGGAAAACAGUUAGCUGGGGUUCAUUGGCUAAAAAGGCCUUUUAAGCUCAUUAAGCUCUGUAACUGUUUACAUUUUCACCAAAUCUUUAGUGUUUUAAUGUUAAAUGACAGCUUUAUUUGUCUUUAUUUUCUGUAGCCUAUUUCUUUGCAAAGACUUUCACCCACAGUGUGUACCAAAUUGCAUACUUUUGUACUAAAUAAUAAAUAUUUUGGGUCCAGAAGUGUGCAUAGUGCAUUUACACUAAAAAGUAUACGGACUAUAAUGCAGUAUACUGGCAUGCUCAAAACUUUCCAAGAAUUUAAUGUGGAACAAUGGACACUUCACACCCUCAAUGAAUGCCAUGUUGGUGACAUACUAGGUUGUUUGCAAUCACGUGAACCUGAAGGUCCGUUGGUGGUCAAGAAGUGGGGGGCAGCCAAAGGAAAGAAUGGGAACUUAGGACAGUUAGUACUUUACAGCUCUAAAUGGACCUCUACAUUGCAGUUAACAUCUGGAAUUUUUUUUCAUACAUUUACUCAGUCCUGCAGACCCUCCCAACAUCUGGCGUCAUCUAGCCAGAUGAAGAGAAGCAAGAGUCUUGCUCCUUUAACAGAUAGAAAAAAUCCCAAUUUUGUCACAAACAUGUUAUUGAAACAGUGAUAUACUAUCAGCUGUAUAAAUCUUGUAGGGUGAGCAACCAAGGAAAGAAGAACUGUUCGCAAAUGAGCUCUUUAAUGUGAGCCACUGUAGCUAGCUCCCAUUUAAGUGCCAGUUUCCUUUCCUCCAUCCUUCGUCAUUAUUUUAUUGACAUCUGAAAGCCAAAUUGGUACCAAAUGAGGAGCUGUUUGGAACUGAACAACCAGCUCCAAGACUGGAGGUUGGUGGGAUGGAUAUCAGCUAAUGUGCUAAACCAUGCCAAAACGGUCCUGAACCAAACCUGACUACUUCGUGGGAAUGGACAGGGUUUUUGAAAUACUUGCCUGCUGCAGUGUCUGUGGGAAUUUUUAAAACUUGUUUGCCUGAAUAUUUCACUAAAUAAAAGUAGCAAAAUAAUUGACAAUGUUUUUAUUUUCAGACUUUGAAUGCUUGGCAUGGGCUACACGUGAACAUCUCAAAACAUGGCCUUUGGGUAGCAUUUCUCUAUGCAGAAAUCCAUUCAUGCACCCGAAGGGGAGUCCUCAACUGCUGCAUGAUGCCAUCUGCAAAUAAUCUAGCUUGCUGUUAGUGCGCUAGCAUUGGCAUCCGAUAGCUAGCUAACAUGCUACUACCAACAACAGCAGAUUUCAAUCAAGAAAAAGGCAUUUAGGGCAAAAUAAGCUCAUUUUCAUUAAGUGAGUUAUGUUAACAUAAAAUACAAGUUAAAUGAAUCUAUUAGUGAGAGAAAAUAGCUGUCAAAAUGUGAUUUUAAUUGGCUAAUGUCUAUUUAUAACUUGCAGUCAAAAAGGAAGAAAAAAAAAAAACAGUGGCGAUUUGAUAUUAACCUGGCGUGAUAAAGUGCUCUGUACUACGUUUUAGUAUAGGCUACCGUGUUACAAACUGCUAACAGAAGUAUGUGAUUUGAGAUACACUGCUAGGCUACUUUAAGAAAAACUUUGUUCUAUGCUGUUAACUUUAAAUGCUGGCUUUCUUAGACCAAGAAAUUGUUCAACUUUUUGUUGAAAUUACUUUUAUGGGCAUAUCCUUAGAGUACUAUGUGAGUUUGCUACCAGCAGUACUAUUUGGCCAGCAGCAGCAGCCAGUGAGCUUAGCCUAGCAAACAGACUGGAGGCAACUUGACAAAGACUGUUAGCCACUUUAAAUCUACACUCAAUACACACUGGCUUGUACACAAUUAAACAAAUAAGAGAUAAAUCAUAAAAUGAGCUUGAAGAGAGUUGGUAGGAGUGCUUCUGUUACAUUUAGACUGAGCUUGACUAGCUGUUACCACAUUUUCAGUCUUUAAGAUAAGCUAGGUUAGCUUACUGCUUGCACCUUAGCAGUUGGCUUUAGUAGCAGUUGGCUUUAGUAAUAAUUUCUAAAUAGUAAUUUUAGAUAACUGUGAGGUAGGUGUCAGAUGUCAAAAAAAAUAGAGCACAUUGCUUUAAAUAUUUACCUUUGCUGACAUGUUUAAUAGCUAAAGGUAAGCAGGACAUUUUUCAUCAGAAAACACUGCAUGUACAGGGAGAGAUCAGCAAAGAAAUAAGAGGUAGCCUACUACUUGGGCAAUCUCUAAACACACACCUUGUCCCUACCACUUAAAAUGAGCUUGAGAGGUGUUGGCAGGGAUGUUUCUGUGACACAGACAAACCCAGACUAGCUGCUCCCACACUUUCAGUCUUUAAGAUAAGCUAGGAUAGCUUACUGCUUGCGCUAACGUAGCAGUUGACUUUAUCAUCUCUUCAUCACAAACUUAAAAUGUUAUAAUGUUCUUGACCUCCUUUACGACAAAAAAAAUGUUGAAACUAUUCUUUAAUCUUGGAUCUUUGGCUGCCUUAAAUUAAAGUGAACUAAUUUUUGUUUGUAUUAAUGGUAGGCUACCA